AUGUCGUUUUUCUCGCGAGUGUUUCGAGGGAAGGAUUCCAGCGCUAGUAAAAAGGCCGCAAAGCAUACGGCCGCGGAACAGGUCCCGGCCAAACCAAAAUGGACAGAUGCAUAUCAGCGCAGUGAGGUUGCGCCGGAAGAGGUGCAGGAGCUGCUCAGAGGAUGCACGCAUGAAUUAAAAUCUCGAGGCCUCGAUAUUCCAUUUCUUUUACUUCCUUUCCGUCCGAGCUCUGAUCCCAGCGCUGCCCGAACCUUUAUUCGGAACUUUUUCAAUGCAGAACAAAAGGGGACCCCGCUUCAGGGCGAGGCGCUUAUUCAAGAGUUGCGGUUAACAGAACCUAUGGUUUUGUGCAGUGUCGUGAAAUGGUGCUGGAGCAGACUCCCUGGCGGAGUAGUCACCUGGGAGGCUUAUGAGCUCUUUAAAGUCGGAGAGCAAGACUCUGACCUCGCCCGCGAUGCUUUUAAUACAUUUAUUCCAAUUAGCGUGGAUUCAGACGCUCGUACGAAAAUCAUCUUCGACUUCUUUGAUCUCCUGACUGCCAUUGCUGCCCACGGGAAAUCUAACGGAUUAGGUGGAAGGAAAUUGUCUAGAUACGCAGGCUGGUGGGCGUUCGAGCACACUGAUAUGGGUAAUGGGUUUGAAGCUUCUUAUAAGAAUUGGGCUCAGGCCGCUGAUGCCACAAGCCACCUUUUCUUUGCUUACUUGCGGUCCAUUUCUCCAGAUUCAGUUCGUGGCAUCAACGGCAUUUCGGCGCUCCCCAUUGCCCUUCAGUCUCUUGUGCAGGCUACUGAAUACCCGCCGCAGGCUCCAAGUCUGCUUCAAUUCUCAACCACUAAGGUUGUCAUGAUUGUUGAAACGGUCUCGCCAACCCCGUUCGCCUUGUUGCGCCGUGCAAGGAAUUUUGAAUACCGCGAUAGCGACAAGCACCUCCAAGAGUUUUCAGAGUAUGAGGAUCCCGUGGAUGCGUUGACGGACGAAUGUGCACGAGUUUUGAAAGCUAUUUCCACCACCAAUCAAUCCGCUGUAUCUACCAGCAAGACUUCGACUAGUCUGCGUGACGCUUCUUGGUCGCGCUUUGAGGAUAUGGGUUUUGGCGCAUCUAUAGAUUCGGACCACGACGAUGAUAUCAUUGAGGAGAGGACAGGUCCGCUGGAGUUGCGCUCUGCGCCUCAGUCUCGCACGAACGACUUCGCGCGUCCCACCACACCUUCAUGGGCCGACUUUAUGUCGUCGGGAUUCGCGGAUGACCACGUCCCUCGUGGGCCUGCGUCACUCUUACUUCCUCCGGAUAAAGUUCUACCACCAAUUGGAACUGUGCGAGGUCAGAGCUCGCAAUCUCACAAACGCACGUUAGAUACUGAACCAAAUCUGGAACCUGGUGAGUUGGCUAGUAUCACGGUGCUGGACAUUGAUGACUCGUUCUGGUGGGUGUGGAUCAGCAGUCUGUCAGGCGAAGAACCUGCCGUGCGAAAAGCAGUCUUUGGACGAUGCGCUUUGCUCGAGACCAUCAUUAAAGGCGCCAAGUGGCUAGUUUUGGAGGAACAGGUCAAGGGUGCUGUGUCAGAACCAGAAGUCGGGGCAUAUAUUGUCGAGAAGAAGCGUUUCUUCGGUUUCUCGACGCGCAAAAAGAUGACCCGGAGUAAGUCAACUGCAAAAGGGUCGGGUACUAGCCAACCGUAUAAAUCCGGCAAUAACAACGCCACCGCGCCAGUUAGUAAGACUAGCAUUGGUCCAGAUCAGCAUGCACGUAUCCAGGCUGCGGCGGCGGCUUUGCAGCGGAAACACCGUGAGCAGGAAGAAGAUCAAAACCGUGAAGUUAAUGGACGUCGGGCUCGCAACGACGACACGUAUUCUACCAAGACUAACUCCGUCAUGACGCAAUACACUGGCUUAUUCACCGAGGCUUCGUCAGCGAUGAAGUGGACUAGACACUAUGAUAGCAAUUACGACAAGGACCAGCUGCGGUCAGCCUAUCUGAGUGACACUCGUGCUGGAACUGGUGCUCCUGCAGGUUCAUUCGUGUCUAAUGGUCGAGCAAUGUCGAAUAUUUCUGAGAGCCGAUCUGAGCAGAAACCAUCAUCAGCAGAUACCGAAAAAGCCUUGCCAGUUCCUUCCAAAGAUGAUGCUAAACCUGCAAACGGUGGUGCCGCAGACGCAGCUACGGCACCACUACCAGAGGCGGCGCAGAGCAACGGCACCGAAGAAACGAAAAAGGACUCGGCGGAAGAGCAUGGCCAUAAGAAGUUGAAAAAGAAACCUGUUGGCAACUCGGCUUUCAAGGGUAUCUUCAGCAACAAGCAGAGGACUACGGACGACACUCCCAAGAAAGAGAUUGGUAUUGAUCCGUCGGCUGUUGCAGCUGCGCGUGCCGCACUCGAAAACAAGGUCAAGUCUCAAGAUGCAUUGCCCACGCCCAAGUCGCACAACACUGGCCGUUUGGCCGAUAUCAAGAAGAAGGCCGUUCCUGAGCCCCCUGCAAAUGAUACUGCGAGCGCCGAGCAAGCAGCCCCCUCGCCCCCAUCGAAGGAGAUGAAGAAGCCCACCACGACCAAAUCCGCACCGGCUGCAGCGUCUGCAUCGCCUACAUACAGCGGACCUCCACGAACCCGUCGCGACGCGGAAUACGACGCCCUGUCUCGUAUCGAUACCAACGAGAAAGCGGCUGCAGAACGCGAAUUUUCUUCAUUCGAUCAAGGACCAUUGGCCGAUCAACCUGCUUUUGCUCCUUCGGGCGACAGUCCUAUCACCCCUGUUGCAGAGCACUUCCCAGAGAGUAAGACUGAGACCGUGGUGACGGCGACUGAAACUCCUCGUGAUAUAGCCACACCAACGGCCACGGCUGGGGCUGAGCCUGUAGCGACCAGUCCGGCGUACCAGGAUCGAUGGGCACAAAUUCGUAAGAAUGCAGCUGAGCGAGCAGCGGCUGCUACACAGGAGGAAAUUCAUAGUCGAACUAGUGUGGCGGACGAUGGCGAUACCAGCGGUGAAGAAACCAUUGAAUCACGAGUAGCUCGAAUCAAGGCUCGUGUGGCCGAGUUGACCGGUAACAUGGAAGCAGCUCGAUGAUCAUUUUGAAAA